AUGGCAAGACUACGGAGGAAAGCUUGUAUAGCUCUGUUUCUUUUUACGCUAUUCAUCUUUGGGACCAUGAUGGGACUGAGGACCCUGAAGCCCAGUGACGGUUUCUCGGAUUUGGCUCCGGGCUUGGAGCUCCUGCCGGUGAUAGCAGGGAAGAUGGACCGGCGCUCCGUGUCCCGUGACGCCACUGCGUCCCCGGGUCAAGCCCAGCCGGCUGGCAGCAACGCCAAAGCAGUUUGGUCCAACUCCGGCCCAGAAGGGACCAUAUUCUAUGAUGUUCACAUCUUUUACUACACCUGGUACGGCAACCCACAUAUGGAUGGCAAAUACAUCCACUGGGACCACAUCCUGGUGCCACACUGGGACCCCAAAAUUGCAUCCAGCUACCCGAGAGGGAGACACAUGCCGCCUGAAGAUAUCGGCUCCAGUUUCUAUCCCGAACUCAGUCCGUACAGCUCGAGGGAUCCGGACGUGUUGGAGUCCCACAUGGAGCAGAUCGGGGCAUCUGCUGCAGGGGUUCUGGUCCUGUCCUGGUAUCCUCCCGGUCUGGCUGACGACAACGGGGAACCGUCUGAGGAUUUAGUACCAUCUGUACUGGAUGCUGCAUAUAGACACAACCUCAAGGUUGCAUUUCACAUCCAGCCAUACAGAGGGCGAAACGACCAGAGUGUGCAUGACAACAUCAAAUAUAUCAUUGACAGGUACGGUGACCAUGGAGCCUUCUACAAGUUCACCUCCAGCACAGGAAAGAGUCUUCCUCUGUUUUACAUCUACGACUCCUACCUGACUCCUCCAGAGUCCUGGUCUGAAUUGUUGACUCCCAGCGGCUCCCACAGUGUGCGCAGCUCGGCCUAUGACUCCAUCUUCAUUGCCCUGAUUGUGGAAGAGCGGCACAAGCAUGACAUCCUUGCGGGAGGCUUCGAUGGCAUGUACACAUACUUUGCUUCCAACGGUUUCUCCUUUGGCUCCUCUCACCAGAACUGGAAGGCCAUCAAAGCUUUUUGUGAUGGCAACAAUCUCCUCUUCAUUCCCAGUGUCGGACCUGGUUACAUCGACACCAGCAUCCGGCCGUGGAACAACCACAACAUGCGCAACAGGGUGAAUGGUCGUUACUAUGAGACGGCCCUGCAGGCGGCGCUGAAUGUGAGGCCAGAGGUCGUCACAAUCACAUCUUUCAAUGAAUGGCACGAGGGGACGCAGAUAGAGAGGGCGGUGCCUAAAAAAACGGUGACACGUGUGUACUUGGACUAUCAGCCGCAUGGACCUGAUCAUUACCUGGAGUUGACGCGCCGGUGGGCGGAGCAGUUCAACAAAGAGAAGGAGCAGUGGCUCAUGUGAGCUUUUCAUCAAACUGACUUGAAACAGCAUGCUGUAGUGGUAGUGUGUGUGCACAUGAAAGGGAAAGAACGAAAGAGGAGCGUGAGUGUAGAGACUGAUCAGUGUAGAUGUGAGUGCACAAGGACUUGUUUAUAACUUGACUAGAUGUUCCUGCAAGUUUGUUUGCAUAUUUUUGUGCACACCUGCUGAUCUGCAAGAACGGGACACUGUCGCAGUGUGAGUUGUCUCGGUUGAGUUUUGGGGAAAGCAGCAUAAAAGGGUUAUUCUGGGGAAUUUGUUCCACUGAGCUCUAAAAGGUCGUCUUUGUUCAGCUGAAUGAACGAUUGUUUAAAUCACACUGAGAAAACUGUCAUCGUGUAAGAACCUCGUUUCCCUCUCUGUAGUAAAAUAAUAGAAUUGAUUACAAUAGUCAGACAUUUUUAUGGUUUUAUGGUUUUUGGCAGACAUUUGAUUGAUUCACUCUCAUAGCUGCCUAUUAAAUAUGAAGCUACAGCCGGUUAGCCUAGCUUAGCAUAAAGACUGGAAACAGGUAGCCUAACAAUAACAAAAUUGUCCAGCAGUUCUAAAGCUAUUUUAUUAACCAAUUAUACCUCGCGUUUUUGUCCUCCAAAAAUCAAAGUCUAACAAUGACGUUUUACGACUAUUUCUUAACCAGGUGCAGUGACUUUCCUAAGUCUUUGGCGACCUUAUGGCUAUGUCGAUGUUAUCUAACACUCGGUAAGAUGGCAAAAAUGUUUGUUUUCCAGUGGGUCAUGAGUGCAGUGUCAUGUUAUUUUGAAUUAUUUGGUAAUAAUGGUUUUGUAUCAUCUCAGAUUUUGGUAAUUUUAUCAGAGAGACUGCUAAAGUGAAGCCCCUUUAAAGAUUAUAUAGUAUAAUAGUAAGUAAAAAAAAGUACCUUAAGCAUGUUUUCAUUUAUAGCACACAUACAUACACUCGCCACUGUGCUAACCGGCAGUGUUCAGAGUCAGAGUAUGUCGAUCUAUUUGGCAAGUGAAGAGAGUCAGACAGGUCAAUGCAGUGUCAUGAGGCCAAACUUGGUCUUAAGGUUGUAAAAACAGUCUGAAAUUUGAUAAAUUUGACUAAUAUUCAUCUGAGUUUUGGUGUAAUUUGCAAAGGAAAGGAGCCAUGUUGAUUGUGGGUAUGCAAUAACUUUUUUCACCUAAGUAAAAAUAACAGAAUCAGACUUGUUAAGGUCCGGGGCUCUGUGUUUUGGAGUAACUAGAUGAAUAAAAAUGUACGACACAGAAGCACUCUGUUAUAUGGAUUCGUGAGAUUUAGAUUUAAUGAAAUCCUGCUACCUAUUAAAGUAAAAGCUACUUUCAGACGGGCAUUUUUGAGAAUAAAAGUAUGCUCUUUGGUUGUGAAGGGCGCUUCUGAGUGGUUUCUGUUUCGUUUUUUUUUCUAAAAAUACUUAACUUUCAGACACCUAAAAAUAAAGAGACAUAUUUCUCAGAU